UGCAGGUUUCAGGACAUUGAGAGCAUGGUGAAGAUUACUGCGCUCUUGUACAACGACAAACGCUUCCAGAAAAAGAGCCCCAAAACUACUGAAGAGGGAUCCUUCUUUUUGUACAGUCUGAUCGACAGCAUGUCAGAGAGGGAGGUGCAUGCAAAGGAAGAGCAACUGAAGACGUACUUCAAUCAACUACAAUCUGAGAACAUCACCAUUCCAAAAAACAUCUACAGAGGCAUCAAGAACCUUCUGGAGUCCUACCACAUCCCAGAGCUCAUCAAGGAUGUGGCUCCUUUGCAGAGCAGAGAAGCAGGAUUCCGUACGACAGAUAAUUAUGGAAGGAUGCGGUCACUUAAGACCAAAAUGUCCGAACUGAAAGCUGCGAACCAACCACUUGACGGUGUUCUCAAACAAAUGAUCCAGGCUUGCAUUGAGGACGAGAAACCGCAGGCCGCCCUAAACCUGAUGCAGGAGCACGAGAACGAGAUCACAACCAGCAUCUACAUCACCCUAAUCAGAAUGUGCUGUCGGCACAACUAUGUGAAUCAGGCGCUCAAACUGAAGAAGGAAAUGAGUCUUAAGGACCCAACAGUAACGCUGGAUGUCAAUAGAUACCUCGAACUGGUCAGGCUCCUCUCCAGGAAUGGCAGGGUGGAGGUCAUACAAGCACCCAGAGUGUCACCCACUGGACUCUGUCAAACAACCGGCUCGGUGGUGGAUCAGGAGAAACUGCCAAGUUCAGCGCAGCAGCAGGAUACGGACACAACUCUCUUUCUGUCCGCCCCUCCCAGCUUCCGGUCCCAUUAUCCGCACACUGUCAACAGAGAGGAGCCGCUGGAGUCUCCGGACGCAUCUGAGAUCAGCUGCAUCCAGGAAGGCGCACCACGCAGCGACCGUCCAUGUGUUGCGCGCUCCAGGAUACUUGACAAGAACAUUUGCAAGCUACCUACCUGA